CUUCUGAAUGUGCAACGGCGCUACCGAGAGUACUCUCUUCUCCUGACCGCACUCAGGUUUCAGUUUCGGAGAGAAUUGACACAACAACAACAUGAACUGGAAGUCGGGUCUUUGGCUGAACAGCGCCAUCAGCAGGAAAUGGAGGAGCACGGCGCCCUCAUGGCCUGGAACCUGGAGGAGAACAAGAAAGCUAUUCUCAGGAGUUGGAAGAAAAGGCUUCACAGCUCCAGAGAGAGGAGAUCGCCCGACUCCAGGAGGAGGAGAACCUGCAGAGUGUCCAGAAGAGGAAGGAGGCGGUGG